AUGAACAUUGCUUGGGACAUUGCGCGUUCCCACGCUGACUCGCGUGUGCUUUUGCAGGGAGACCCCGAGGAAGCGGACAACCCCAACACCGGCAUCGGCGCGUUCCGCUUCAUGCUGGAGACGAACAAGGGGCGCACCAUGCUGGAGUUCCAGGAGCUGAUGACGGUGUUCCAGCUGCUCCACUGGAACGGCAGCCUCAAGGCGAUGCGCGAGCGGCAGUGCUCGCGCCAGGAGGUGGUGGCGCACUACUCGAACCGCGCCCUGGACGACGACAUGCGCUCGCAGAUGGCGCUGGACUGGAUCGCGCGCGAGCACGAGAACGCCGGCGCGCUGGGCCGCGAGCUGGGACUGGCGGAGCGCGAGUUGGAGGCGGCGCGCCUGGCCGGCCGCGAGCUGCGCUUCCCCAAGGAGAAGAAGGACAUCCUCAUGCUGGCGCACACGCAGGUCGGCGGCGCGGGGCUCGCCAGCUAAGGCACUCACUCCGCCGCCGACGCCCGCGCC